CUCUCCGGUCAAAAAAUUGCUGGACAAACAAAAUCACGAAAUGAGUUCAAUAUUUGAAGAAGUUUACCUUUAUGAUUAUGAUGAUGAAAAAUUAUCAUUCUAUAAACGUUAUCAUAAACCAUUCAAUAUAGAAGUAAUUGAUGAAUCUGAUAAGCUAUUGAUUCGUUCACGUUCAAAAAUUAAUAAUGAUAAUUAUAAUAAUAAUAAUACAUCAUUGAACAAUACCAAUAAUAAUAAUAAUAAUAGUAAUAAUAAUAAUAAUUCAACAACAUCGAUACAAUUUCAAACUGAAAUUUAUAAAGAUACACCAUGUUCAGAAUUUAGUAAAAAUGGUUUUGUCAUAACGGAUGAAAAUGGUAAAUCUAUUUAUUUAAUGUUCGGAAAGAAAUAUAUCUACGAUAAUGAAAAGGCCAAUUAUAAGGAAACGGAUUUUUGUCGUUUUACUAAAUUAGUCAAUGAUUUUAAAUUAGGCCGAAGAGAAUCGGUUUUUACUUUACGUACGGAUGAAGCAUCAGCAACACAGUAUUUUCAAUUCUAUGGCUAUCUAUCACAACAACAAAAUAUGAUGCAAGAUUAUAUUCGAACAUCCACUUAUCAACGAGCCAUAUUAUCUAAUUUGGAUGAUUUUCAUAAUAAAGUUAUUCUUGAUGUUGGUGCCGGUUCGGGAAUUCUUUCAUUUUUUGCCGUACAAGCUGGUGCAAGAAAAGUAUAUGCAGUUGAGGCUAGUUCAAUGGCCAAACAUGCUGAACAACUCGUUGCUUCAAAUAAAUUGGCCGAUAGGAUUAUUGUUAUACCUGGAAAAAUAGAGGAAAUUUCUUUACCUGAACAAGUGGAUGUAAUCAUUUCCGAACCUAUGGGCUAUAUGUUAUUCAAUGAACGUAUGUUGGAAACAUAUUUACAUGCUAAAAAAUGGCUCAAACCUGGUGGUAAUAUGUUUCCAACAAGAGGAGAUUUACAUGUUGCACCAUUCAGUGAUGCUCAACUGUAUACUGAACAAUUGACGAAAGCUAAUUUCUGGUUUCAACAAAAUUUUCAUGGCGUUGAUCUCACAGCAUUAAGAAGUGCUGCAUUGAAAGAAUAUUUUUAUCAGCCAGUAGUCGAUACAUUCGAUAUACGAAUUUGUGUAGCUAAAUCAAAUAAAUAUAGUGUAGAUUUUCUUAAAGCUCAUGAAAAAGAUUUACAUGUGAUCGAUAUACCACUCAAAUUUCAUAUCAAUCAAACUGAUGAAAUACAUGGUCUAGCAUUUUGGUUUGAUGUAGCAUUCUUUGGCUCACAACAAGCCGUUUGGCUUUCAACUGCUCCCACACAACCAUUGACACAUUGGUAUCAAGUUCGAUGUCUUCUUGAUAAACCAUUAUUCGUACAACGAGGCUAUACAGUUAGUGGUAGAGUUUUAUUAGUAUCGAAUAGUCGACAAAGUUAUAAUGUACAAAUAGAAUUAAAAGUAGAUGAAAUACCUGGAUCACAUUCUUCCAAUUCUUUGGAUUUAAAAAAUCCAUAUUUUCGUUAUACUGGACAACCAGUACAACAACCGCCUGGAUGUAAUCAAACAUCACCAAGUGAAGAUUAUUGGCAACAGAUUGAUGCUGCUCAACAACAACAUAUGAAUGGUGGUAGUUUGAUCAAUGGUGUUUGUUCGCAACAAUCGAAUCAAAUGAAUACUAAUGGUGCAAUGGCUCAUUCAUUACAAUCACAGCAUCAGCAACAACAACAGACUGGAAUGGGACAUUCUGUUCAUAUUCAACAACAACAACCAUCACAAUUAGCUGAUCAAUUUGCAGCAAAUCAAAAUAAUCUUAAUAAUUCAUCACGUAUGUUUGGUGGUUCAACCGGAAUGGGAAUGGUACAUUCGAAUUCAGCAUUUUCAUAUGGACUUCCAUCACAUUCGAAUUCGAUGCCUACAAAUCAAUCUGUUCAACAACAACAACAACAACAGCCCCAACAACAAACACCAUCAAUGAUGACAUCGAUGUUUAAUUCAAGUGGUAUUACAAAUUCUGGACAAGUUGCCGGUAUUAACAAUAUGAAUUUUCCAGUCAAUCAAAGCCUUAUGAUUGGCGAUUAUGCAGCAGCUGUUUCUGGACAAACUAUACCUCCUUAUAAGCCAAUCUAAAAAAAACUAUUUAAAAAAAAUCAGCCUUCUUCCAUGGACACUUGUUUUUUUUUCUCUUACGAUUAUUUGAAUCUCAAAUCAGUACAUAUAUAGAAUUUAUGACCCAGCUAUACUUACUAUUGUUUUUCUUUUUUUGUUUUCGUUCAUCAUUCGUAAUCAGAUUAUUCAACAAAAAAAGUACGAAGAAGAAACUAAUGAUGAUGAUGAUGUAUGCUU